AUGGCGCCAUUACGCAGCUUUUUUUUUCUCCCCUUCUCCCCCAAGCCAAGAUAUUUCCCAGAGGCUGCUGCAGUCACCCUCGCAGCGAUCGCUCCUGAUCUCGGACUCCUUCGACUGGAUCCUCAACUUCAGCCACACAGUCUCUGCACAUUACCCCAAGGGACCAUGGUGAAUCCAGGGGGCAGCACUCAGCCGCCGGUGGGCGCGGGGUCCCUCUCUUGGAAGCGUUGUGCCGGCUGCGGAGGCAAGAUCGCGGACCGCUUCCUGCUCUACACCAUGGACAGCUACUGGCACAGCCGCUGUCUCAAGUGCUCGUGCUGCCAGGCCCAGCUCGGCGACAUCGGCACCUCCUGCUACACCAAGAGCGGCAUGAUCCUCUGUCGGAAUGACUACAUCAGAUUAUUUGGCAACAGCGGAGCUUGCAGCGCUUGUGGUCAAUCCAUUCCCGCAAGUGAAUUGGUGAUGAGGGCACAAGGCAAUGUGUACCAUCUCAAGUGCUUCACGUGUUCCACCUGUCGGAAUCGUCUGGUCCCUGGAGAUCGCUUCCACUACAUCAACGGCAGCCUCUUCUGCGAACACGACAGACCCACGGCCCUCAUCAACGGCCACCUGACUUCACUGCAGACCAACCCACUGCUGUCCGACCAGAAGGUUUGUUAG